AUGGCCGCUGCCCAAGUUCGACCCCAGCGCGCAGAGCCAGACACGCUCUCCGGCGCCCUAGCGGAUUUCCCAUCGAAAGGCCAAGCGCCUUACUUCGCAGAGGAGAAGAAAGGAUGGAAAGGCUACGUCGAAUGGGAGAAAUACCCCGAAAAGAAGGCUCAGGCCGAACGAGUGCUCUCUCAAUAUCGAUUCCCUGAUUCCCCGGAAUUCCAGCUCGUACCUCUCCCCAAAACGAACCCGAUUCUGGAAGGCGCGAGAUGGAAGCAGUACCACUACGCUCUGGGCGAGACUCUCAAACACAUACCUGACAUCAGCUGGAAAUACGUGAAGCAGGAAAAAGCUGCGGAUAUGAUUCACGUCUUGCAGUUUCCGUACAACGGCGAGCCUCCGCGAGUGAGUUGUCCAUCCUGAUCCACGUCGUCAAAGUACAAGAUCGGCUUAUAUGAUGUUGAUAGGAACGUCUUGUCCAAGACCAGAUCACGUCUAACAAAGACUUCUUCGUACGUAAUCAUGGCGGUAUCCCGGAAAUUGAGGAAUCGGACUACGAACUCGAGAUCGACGGCCUGGUCAACACUCCCACCAAGCUCACUAUGUCCGAUCUCAAGAACCCCAAGAUGCUCUCCUACCAGUCCAAGGUCGUAACACUUCAAUGCUCUGGGACCCGUCGUAUCGAACAGAUAGCCCAAUACCCUGGCGAUGGCGAUGAACUUAUCAACGCCCCAUGGGGCGAAGGCGCGAUCGGGAAUGCACGCUGGGGAGGCGUCAGUAUCCGCGACGUGAUUGAAAAGUAUUGCGGCGGUGUGCAAGAUGACGGAGAAGACAUCCACCUCGAAUUCUACGGCGCAGACACCUAUUUCAAAAAGGGACAUGUCUACAACUUUGUCGUCUCCAUUCCCUGGCGCAAAUGCAAAUUCGACGAAGCGCUCUUGGCAUGGGAGAUGAAUGGCGAACCGCUGCCUAGAAUUCAUGGAUUCCCGUUGAGGACUGUGGUGUUUGGGUACAUCGGCGCCAGAAGCUGCAAAUGGCUUUACCGGAUCAAAGCCAUCAAGGGACCGAGCGCGGCACCGAUACAGAAAAAGGAGUACCUGUAUUAUACGCCGCAGAUUGGGAAGCAGAAUGUCAUGUACUCGAAUGGGUUCUCCAUCCAGGACAUGCCAGUGAGCAGUGCGAUCAUGACGCCGAUAGACAUGGACCAGAUCAUUCAUGAUGGGAAGAUCAAAUUGACAGGAUGGGCGUAUAGUGGAGGCACCGGCGGUUCAUGGCCAGAGAGAGUUGAAGUCAGCGCCGACGGCGGAUCGGUAUGGUAUGAAGUGCCAUGGGAAAACAUGAGCAAGAAAUAUUACUAUGGCUGGCGCGUCUGGAGCGUAGAAGUUCCCGUGGAGUAUGAAGGGUGGCUGGAAUUCUGCUGCAGGACUUGGAACAAUGCGAUGAACACGCAGCCAACGUUUGUCAGGAGUGCUUGGUAAGUGAGACUCUGCGAUUACUGGAGACUGGACACGCGCUGAUGGGAUUGUCUAGGAAUUUCGACAUGCAUGUGACUUCCUCUUGCCACCGUGUCAAGAUCUACUCUAUCAACAAGUCCAGGCAAGCUACGAGAGAGCGACUGCAGGCUUUGGAGGCCGCGGGAGCUCCCAUUGUGCCGAUCACUCAGCCCGUGCCCUUUGAUCUGGAGUCGGAUGAACACUACAAUGCCGUGAUGGAAGCUUGUGGUGGUCGCGAGCCAAGCGAAUGA